GUUGCAAGGAAUUGAGGUGAACACCAUGAAAGAGGAGUAUUUAAGGCUACACACAGCAUACAUGAGGCUUAAUGGAAAAGAACUAGAUGAUUUGAGUUUCAAAGAAUUAAAACAGCUGGAAAAUCAAUUAAACGAAGGGAUAGCAUCAGUUAAGCAACAAAAGGAGAAAAUUCUAAUGGAGCAGCUUAAAAGAUCUCGAUUACAGGAACAAAAGACUAUAAUGGAGAAUGAAGAUAUACGCAAACAGGUUGAGGAAUUGAGACAAAAAAGGAGCUCAAAAAUACUAGAAUUGAAUCCAUUGCUGGAAAGAAGACUUGAUCAUUCACCAAAUAAUUCAAAGGCUGACUAUAAUAAUAGUGCAUCAGAUGAUGACAACCAUCACUCGGACACUUCCUUGCACUUAGGGUAUAGUAGGAAAUUGGUGGCAAAUAAAAGGCCAAAUGGUACAUUCGGGGAGGUGUACAUACCUUGGGGCGAUAAAGCCUUGAACGGUGGGUAUCCAAAGAGGGCAAUACCAGCUUAUGAGCACAACAGCACAACGUCGUUGGUCGACGAAUCUUGA